CUCGCUUAGCCACCGCUGAGGUCUCUUGAAAGGCCACAAGCAGGGUGCAAGUUGUCCUGGGACAGGACUAAGAGGGUCUGCAACAUCAGCUCACCCCAGCUAGACUUGGUCAUCUCUUCUUGCUGCUGUCCAUCAGGCCCAAGUACCCUGUCUCCGUUAGUAGCCAGCAGCAGUGCUGGCAUCAGAAAGGAAGGUUCUUUUUCAAGCUGCUGCCUCCAAGGUGGAUAUUUUGCCCUUCUGCUUCCCAAGACAUCCAGGCUCCGGUUCAGCUUGCUCUUUUUGUUCCAGAUCCCCACCCAGUUUGGCCAAGAACACCACUAAGACACUGCUGAAAAGGUCAAUCUUCACAAAGUGAUAACAACAUGAAGUACUUCUACAUAGGCUUCCUAGUCUCCUCAGUUCUACUUGAAGGAGUCCUGGCUGGACCAUGGAGCGCCUGGAUGCCUGAGCACAUCACCGCCUUCGAGGGCACCUGUGUGGUCAUUCCGUGCCUCUUCAACUACCCCGACGAGCUGCGUCCGUCGGCCGUGCACGGCAUCUGGUAUUUCAACAGCCCCUACCCCAAGAACUAUCCCCCUGUGGUCUACAAGUCUCGCACCAACAUUGUCCACGAGAGCUACAUCGGGCGGACCCAUCUGCUGGGAGAGCUGAAUUUCCGCAACUGCACCUUGCAGAUCUCCCGCCUCAGUCCCGAACUCACCGGCAAAUAUUACUUCCGCGGGGACCUCGGUGGCUACAAUCAGUACACCUACCCAGAACAUUGCAACCUUGAGAUCAUCAACAAGCCCACCAUUGUGAGCCCCCCGGAAGUGGUGGAAGGGAGCGAGGUGGAGCUGCGCUGUGUGGUGCCAGACAACUGCCCCAACAUGAAGCCCAUCAUCACGUGGAUGAACCACGAGAAUCUGGCCGAGCAUUCGGUCUACGCGCAAGUGGAGGAGGAGAGUAACACCUGGUCCCUCAUCUCCCUGCUCAAGUUCCUGCCCUCACGGGAGAACCACGGGCACGAGGUGGGCUGCCAAGUCACCUAUGCUAACACCACGUUCGAGUUUGAUGGCUUCUUCACCCUGGAUGUCAAAUACCCACCCCGUAUUCUGCAAGCAAACUCAUCCAUGGAGGUCAUACAGGGCUCACAGGUGGUGCUGUUGUGCUCUGUGGACAGCAGCCCAACGGCCAUGAUUUCAUGGCUCCGAGAAGAUGAAGUUCUCCAUGAGGACCUGACAGAGAACCUCACCCUCCAUCUAGACAACAUCACCCACCUACAGGACGGCAUCUACACUUGUGUGGCUGAGAACGUUUACGGCAAGGACAACCAUUCCCUGGCUUUGGCUGUGCUGUAUGCCCCUUGGAAACCUGUGGUGAAUUCCUCCGUGGUGGCUGUCGAAGGAGAACUGGUCACCAUCCUUUGCAGCUCACAGAGCAACCCUGAGCCCAUGAUCACCAUCUUCAAGGACAAGAAGCCAAUGGCCAUGGGGGUCUACCAGAACCAGGUAGCCCUGGAGUUUGAGUCUGUGACGCAUGAGGACGAUGGGGAAUACUGGUGCACGGCGGAGAACCAGUUUGGCCGGCGCAGCACUGCCUUCAACCUCACUGUCGAAUUUGCUCCCCUCAUCCUUCCGGAUUCCAAGUGCACAGCUGCCCGAGACACAGUGAAGUGCAUCUGCGCAGCCAAAUCCAACCCGGAGGCCGUGAUCACCUUUGAGCUGCCCACACGCAACGUGACAGUGAACGAGACCGACCGGGAGUUUGUGUACUCCCAGAAGACGGGCUACAUUGUCACCAGCAUCCUUACCCUCCAGAGGGAGGUGGACUCCCAGCUCUACAUAGUCUGCUCUGCCAGGAACCUCUAUGGUGCCAGGAAUCAGCAGCUGCAGUUCCACCACUCCAACAGUCUGAUGUGGGCAAAAGUGGGGCCUGUUGGAGCAGUGGUCGCCUUUGCCAUCCUCAUAGCUGUGGUGUGUUAUGUCAGCCAGACCAGGAAAAAGAAAAGCAUGAAUGAAAGUUCAAGUUUCAUGCAAACAGAAAACCCUCCUGUCACCUACAGCGGAGACUAUAAGACCCCAGGCAGUCUGGAGAAAUCAGAGCAGUAUGGGCGCUGUGACAAACGACUCUUGAACAAGCGUGAGGACCUGGGCAUUGACUACGCCAACAUAGACUUCACCAAACUAUCCACUAAGGACAGCUACACCCUGACAGAGGAGCUGGCUGAGUAUGCCGAGAUCCGAGUCAAGUGAGGCCUUUUCCCCACCACCAUGGCAGCUCCCAUGGACCUCUACCGCAUUGGAACUAUUGUAGUCUAAUGAAACACCUAGCCAUGCCUCUUGGCCUUGGCUACCCAAACUUGAGAAGAUCCAGUCCUACCAAUUGGUUUUGAUGUCUUCAUGCUCACUCUGUCAAUGCUCAUCUGUAUCUCCCUGCUGUUCCUCUCCCUCCAGAGUGCAUACUGAAGAUCACUCCAAUCCAGAUUAGUCUGUACACUUUAAAAAAAAAAAAACCUUUGCUUUGCCCACCCAAUCAAGAAGGUUACAGAAUGCUAAAAGAAAGGGGCUUUGUUCCACUUUUGCAACAGGCAUCGAUUGAUUUGCAGUGAGCUGAUGAUUCUACUCCAUGCUAGGGAUGUACAGAAACAGGAAACGAUUCUAGGUGAAUUAGGCCCAUUGAUGUUAACUAAUACAAAACAAGUGAGUAAUUUUAUGUAUGCACAAUUCCACAAAGGGGGUCACUUUUGUGUGUGUGCAGCAAAUGGAUCAGAUCCCCAGAGUGGGUGUGCAGAUCUUGCUCCGGCACGGCCAAUGCUGAUUAAUACCGGUUGUAGUUCUGACCCAUAGAUCCAAAAUGUCCAUUUCACAUUCCAGUUUUUAAAAAGUGCUAAGUUCUGGCAACCAAACUCCACCUCAGGAGCUCCAACAGGCCAGUGCCCUUAACUAACAGGAAGGCGCUUAGAGGGGGCAUGUCACUUAGGGACCCUCCAGACUGUUGGGUUUUUUUCCCCUUGCAGGUAUAUUCUGCAACAUCAUCGACCCAAUAAUAGCGCAUUGGUGGUGGAUUGAUACUGGGCCGUCCGCACAUCAUUCCGCUUUAUUCGUUGUCCUGCAAUGCUUCUCCAGUGUUCCUGCAUUAUUACCAUCUGGAGGGGCACUCUUGUGUUAUAGCGCAACAAAAGUGGGACAAAAAAUAAACUGCAACAUUUAUGGAAAGUUACAAGGAAGCUGUGGGAAAUGCACUGAUUGGAAAUGGAGUAUGUCCACCCUGAAACUAGCAGGCGCAAACAGUACUGAAAAUGGGAUCACCUGUUACUGCCCCGAUAACAUCAUGAGCACAUAUCAUCAUGAAUGCAUAAUAAAAAAGAUGUAUGGACGGGGCCUUAUGUACACAUAUACUAGACAGCAGUUCCUUCCCUCCCCAGCAGCAUGGGGUGUUAAAAUACAGGAUGAGAUAGAGAGGUGGGGAGGGGGCUUCCCUUGCCGUGCUUGGCUAAUGCAUGCUCCGAGUGUUUUUACCAGUGUCGCUUGCAUCACUUUUACAUUUCCCACAUCUUUAAAGCAGGUGACCCACCUACAUUGACUAGAAUGUACAUUCCAUCCCCAAAUAGGGUCUCUCCUGCCCUCCGCUAAUGACACCGACAAGCGGUGUAUUGCAGGUGUCGCUAGCGUCCCUUGUGAAAACACAUUAAGCUUCACUAUAACUGCUGGCUACAGGACUGCAACAUCUGCCCACUUCUAUCACUGACUUGCAGUUUGGCCUCGUGGCACUGAAGCUGCAUCUUUGAAAUGUUCAGAAAGUAGAUUUGUUGGGCAAAGAUCAUUUUCCUGUCUUUUUGGUCUGUUCAGCCUCAAUAUAACAGGGCCCUGAUCUUGGGUGUGUUAACAGCAACUACAAUCCAUCGGCCUUUGAUUGCAUUGGAAGACAGGACAGAAGCCUCUUGUGUUUUUCAAACCGAUCAACGACACUAGCUGUAUAUCACAAUGACCUCCUGGUACUAUGUGACUUCACCUUAAGAAUUUUUUAGUUGAUUUCCUUUUGGAUAAUAGGAGAAAAAAUAUUGUAGCUAGCCAUGUUAGUCCAUUAUGGGGCAAAAAAAUCCAAAAGCCACAGUACAGUAACAAUACUAUUAUUGGGACCAGCCAAAAUGUUUGCAAACUCAUGAGCAGGCUUCUGAGUUGUCCAAAAUUCUUCAUCAGAUGGUGAAGAGUUUGGGUGGGCUCGAAAGCUUGCUUGAGACACGAGUUUGCAACAUUUUGGUUGGUCCUAACAGAGGUAUUUCUGUCCUGUGGCUUUGGGAGACAGAGACCCUCAAAGCCAGAAGAUGACUAAAAAGAAUGCAGAAUUUUUUUCCCUUUUCUUUUUCAAGACAACUCAUAAUUUGUAAGGAUGUUUUGGGGAUAGGUGAGGUGCUGAUAUAUUAUUUUUGGAUGCUUGGGGUUGGCACUUUGGGGCCAAAUGAGCCUGUGUAGCCCAAUCCCUCUAGGCAUAUCUUAGCCCAGGGAUGGGGAUGCUGUGGCUCAGAAAACAUGGCUGGACUACAACUCCCAUUGUCCCUGACCAUUGGCCAUGCUUGCUUAGGCUGAUGGGAGUUGGAGUCUAGCAAAAUCUGGAGGUUUCUCCAUCCUUGUCUUAGCCCACUGAAUUCAUUGGUUCCAUUGAAUCUGCUACCUUGAAGAA